ACGAGCUCAGCCUGCCCGGGGAGCGCUCGGCGCGGCGGGGAACCAGGGAGCGCCAUGGGCAACCUGUGCGGCUGCGGCCGGCGCUGGAAGUGCCCUUCACCUUUCAAAAGGAAGAAAGAGAAGCAAGGAGCUCACGUGAGGCAGGAGGCUCAGCAGCAGCAGCAGCCUGGCAACAAGGCUGUCACAUCAGCAGUGCCAACGUAUGAGGAUGUCCCAGAAGUCCCUGUGUAUGCCACGGUGAGCAGAAGGGGUGUCCAGCAGGAGGAGAGCAUCCACUACGCCGACAUCCAGGUGCUGUGCAGGGCCCAGCAGCGCUCGGCUGCCCAGGUGAGGAGCCUGCAGCAGCACCAGGCCACCGAGUACGCCACCCUCAACUUCCCCAGGGCCAGGCUCAAGUACGACAGCAAAAACGGGACCUUGGUCUGAGAGAACUCAUGGCCUCGUCCUGCUGCUCCUCCAGCAGGGAAAGGAGCUCACCCCAUGGCCUUGUUCUCCAGCAGAGAAAGGAGCUCACCCCAUGGCCUUGUCCUUCAGCAGGGAAAGGAGCUCACCCCAUGGCCUUGUCCUUCAGCAGGGAAAGGAGCUCACCCCAUGGCCUUGUUCUCCAGCAGGGAAAGGAGCUCACCCCAUGGCCUUGUUCUCCAGCAGAGAAAGGAGCUCACCCCAUGGCCUUGUCCUCCAGCAGGGAAAGGAGCUCACCCCAUGGCCU